AAGACAGAGGUGAGGACAAAAUCUGCAGUGGAAGUUAUGAUAUGCUAGAAAGCAACAAAUGUGGAUCACUGACCAAAACGAUUAUGUACUUGAUGCAAAUGCAGAUUGCAUAUUGUUAUAUAUAUAGUACUUUGUGUUUUUGUUUUCCCUCAUUCAAUCAGUUAUUUUCAGUGGUGAAUACAUGUUGUUAGAAGAUGUCUUGUAUGGUCUUAAUCUUUGUUGUGUACUAUUUUUUUAUAGUCUUAAGUUAUAAUGAAAAAACAAAAAGUAGGAACCAAACAUAAAAGGUCUAGUAAAGCCAAAAAUUAAUUUCAUAUUGAUUUUAAAGUGAUCUAGCUGAGUUUUUACACUGAAAGCAAAGAUUAUAGCAAUUGUAGUCCAUGGUAUUUAUUUUCAGUCAAACCAAAGUUACAUAUAAUUCUGCCUCUGCUUAUACGGGAUAUUAACACUAACAAUACACUCCCUUCAAAGACUUGCACAGGCCAAAUUGUUGGAAUGCUGGUUUUCUUGACAACUCCAAACCCCAAAACUAUGGUAAUGAGUUAUGAUGUAGUUGAAAAUAGCAUAGUCAGAUGUUUGCUUAAAACCUAGAAACUUAACGUGUUGCUUUUCAUGUGCUGUGCCAAGUCUUGAUAAUACUUUUUCCCCCAACCAAGGGACCUCAUAACCUGAUUAUGGUUAUUGCUUUACAAACAGUUUUGACAGAAGGUGGCUGCUAGAGCUUAACAUACGUUCCCGUUCCAUGUGAUGGAACCGGUUCUUGCAAACUAAGCUCAUCAUUGAUUCUUUGCUGAAGUCAGCAAAUAGAGUUAGAGAGAUACCCAGUCAUCUAUCACACCAAAUAAAAGGACAUAACGGCUUUCAAAAGGGUUUUCCCACUUACCCAAAAGGCUUUCUGAAAGCUUCUACCUCUGCAAAAAAAAAAAAGAAAAAAAAAAAAAAAGAAAAAAAUUAGAACAAUUAUGGCAGAUUGCAUGAAACGUGAGAACGUCACAGUAACUGCUACUUUUCAUUAUGUUUGUCUUUGGGUCAUGAUCAACGAACCGGAAGUUGACAAUAGGGUAUUAAAAGAAAGAUGGGUAUGGUGAAAGAUGGUUUUCAGUCAUCUAGGAUCCUACUGUUAAGGAUUAUCUGAAAGGAAAAAUGGGUCUUUCAGGUGCAUGUUCAAAAGGCUUUGAUGGACUGGAAGUAACUGGGAGAGUUGUACCAUCAGGAGGGUGGCCUAAGACUACAAUGCUAAAGUAUGCAUACCUCAGUUAGAAAACUUUUGAAAGGAAGUCUCAGCCACAGAAUGCAUAUACCUGUAGAGUUUUGCAUGGGUUUUAUAUGAAUACAAUUUUAAAAAAUAGCUGCUUGCACAUUAUACCAGAAAAACCUCCAAAACUGCAAUUGCUUUGAAAAUAGAUUUUAGGUUUUUUGGAGUUUUCUGAAAUGCUUGGUCUGUAUUUUGAUAAUUGUGCAUAUUAUGUAAAAAUGUUGGUGGACCCAUAAAUGACCAGACUUUUUCUAAGAAAAAUGUUGCUUUAAUGCAUUUCAUGAAUUUUUACUCUUAUAUCAUUGCUUGCUAGUAAUAGCAAAUCUGCUUUUCUGCAUCUGCUUUGCGUAGCUAUUGUAAGGCUUUGAACUAAUGUAUGUAUUUAUUGCUUGAACUUCUGUGCAUACCUUAUAAAGCAUAAUGUCUGACAAUUUAAAUGGCUCAUGUAUUCUUGCUUCUAUCAUAAGCUGAUUUGGGGACUAUGAUCUUUUGUAUACAGCAAAUUUUAAACUGUAGCACAAACAUCUGUUUAUGUAUUGGUGGAAUAUACCUGUUUUAUUUAUCUUUUUUGAGGUAAACUAAUUUUUGAUACUUUUCAUUACUGUGUACUAUGUUCAUACUUUGAAUUCUCUGACGUUAGAAGUCAUGGUUGAGAAUUGUAACAGCUGUUAUUCGUUCUGUAUUCAUGGCUUUCACUGCUGAAUAAAAUAAAGGACCAAACCUAGGAUUUGAAAGAAAACUGUCUACCUCUAACACCAGGGAGUUAUCAGAUUUUAUUUUACAUAGUUUUAGUCUACAAAGACACAAUUGCUUAAACCUAGUGGGCUUAAGGCUUAUAUUCUAUGUGGUUGGAUUCGUGGCACAGUUGUACUAUUUGAAAAUCAAUUAAAAUUUUAUGUGAAUGUUACAAGUAUUUGGAAGAAUUACCACUAACUGGGUUUUCUUUAGAUAACUCAGAUAUGGAGAAAAUGUCAUCAGCAUUCUGUGUCUACAGCUGCUUAACUUCAUAAGAAUGCAUUUCUUUGUGAUUAGGGAAUCGAAGAAUAGUCAGCUAGGAAUAGAGCUACAGAAGUACACUUAAAUAAACCAUCCUGGACUUUAAUGUCUCUGGGCAGAUUCAGUCACAAAAUCCAAUAUGAUAUUUUGUAAAGUUUUCAAGUUGGACAUUUACAUUUUUGAGAAUUUUGAGACUUCAUCUUACACAUGCCAGUAUUAACACACAUUUGGACAAUAGCUUUAUUAAGUCUAUAAAGCUAUUGAAAGGAACACGGCUUACCCUUGUUAUUUCACUAGUUCAGGUUGCAACGAAAGGUUUUUUUUGUCCAUGAACACUUGGCAUAUCUUACUUAGCAAAAAAGAAGGAUGUACAUUUUACUAUAGAAUUAAUGUAUGAACAGUGUGUCACUGCUGUUGGAUGUAAAAAUGUAUAUGAAACCAUUUCAUUCACUUGAUUACAUUUCUGAAGUAUAAAUAAAAAAAUCUAAUUCUUUU